CCACAUUCUAUAUUGAAAUAUAUACAAAUAUAUUCAUUGAUGUUGUGAUAAUUGCUAGGUUUGUUGUCAAUCAUUCUCAAAAUACAAAAACAUCAUGGGGAUGAUCAUGAGUUAUAUGGGAGGAUCAGGUGAGGGAUUAGCAUCCCAGGCUUUAAGUCUUGUAUCAGGAGCACUCUAUGAUCAAUUUUUGGAGAAAGAAGUCAAAAGCUUUGAUGCCUUCCACACUGCCAUUCUUGAUAUAUUCAACACUAUCAACAUGGCCUUGCCUGGUAAGCAUUAUGAUGUACCAUCAAACAAGGAGAUUAAGAACUUUUUCAAACAAUGGAAUGAAUCCAAGGAAGAAAAUAAGAAAAAUAUUUUCACAGAUUUCAUGAUUAAGUAUGUAAAUAUCAGCAAAGUAGAUGAUUCAAUGAUGAUCACUGGAAUAGUGGCACCUCCAGCAGCUAUGGUAGCCAAAAGAUCAGGACAAUCAGUUCCUCAGUUAAGUGCUUUGAAAGUCAUUCCUGAUGUUAUCUUUGUACCAACUGCUACAAUUUUGGCUCUCAUUGCUGUCAAGGUUACUAAAAGAAUGUCAAUCAAGAAAAUGCAUCCUAUUUAAUUUUCAUUCUUAAUGUAAUGUAAUAGUAUGACUAAUCUCGAAUUGCUUGUGAUUGUGAAAUGUUAAGUAAUUGUGAACUUUAAAUUAUUGAGCAA